CGUCCCCUCUUUCUCUCUCCUCUCUCUCUCUCUCUCUUUUUGCGAAGAGAUGUGAGAGAAAGAGAGAGGCGAUCUCUCCCACUUCAAAGAUUCGCACUUUUCUUGUUCUUUUUCUUGUUUGCGGUUCCAAUGGCGUGUUAAUUUAUUCGCUUUUAAGCGAGUGAGGGGAGGGGAACAAUAAAGAGGAGGAGAGAGAAAGAAGGGGAGAGGGGGAGAGAGAGAGAGAUGUUCAAGUUACACAGGCACAAAUCGGAUCGAUUGGGGGAGAGAUUCGAGUUCAAAUUCUCCAAUUUUCGGGCUCUUCAGGUUCCUAAUGGAUGGGACAAGCUAUUUCUUUCCAUUGUCUCGGUAGACACGGGAAAAGCAAUUGCUAAGUCUAGUAAAGCGAGCACCCGCGAUGGAACUUGCCUAUGGGCUGACUCUAUAUCAGAAUCAAUAUCGGUUUAUCAAGAUGUUGUUUCAAAAGAGAUGGAAGAGUGCCAAUUCAAAAUUGUUGUUUCCAUGGGAUCAGCUAGGACUGGUAUUCUUGGAGAAGCCAUAGUAAAUCUAUCUGAUUAUGUACAUUCAAGAGAUCCUAGUCCUUUAUCUUUGCCGUUGAAGAAGUGCAAUUAUGGGACUGUUUUGCAGCUCAAGAUUCAGUGUAUAUCCCCAAAAUCUAAAUUCAGGGAUGGAAGAUCAUGGAAGGAAACAUCUUCCCGCCUCGAAGAAUCGAAGACUAAUAAUGAAGAUAUUGACAGCAAGUCAGAUGGAUCUGAUGGCAUGUUCAACAGGAGCAUUGGAUCUUCAUCUAGUAAUCAUUUGGGUGUGGCAUAUCCAGACGAACCUGGAAUGAGGAACACAAGUUUCUCAGCAUCAGGGUCACACCGCAGUUCUGAUUCAGGAGACAGUUCCUUGGACAAAACGAUGUUCUCACCCAGAAACAACUUAAAUGGUGGAGGAGCGUACAUGGGCAGACAAGAUUCUGCCGGAUCCAAUGUUAGUGCAACAAACAAUGCACUACGUGGUGAUAAUCUCUCUAGAUCGAAUAAUUCAUCCUUCGGUUCUAAGGCCUCUGGCUCUUCUACUCCUCACGAGAACUCCAUGCAAGCAUUCGCAAAUGGCCUUUCUCACUUAUCCUUGCGGCCCUCUGAUUCAUCUAAAGAUCUUCUCGAAGCUGCUGAAGAGACGAUUGAAGAACUUCGCGAUGAGGCAAAAAUGUGGGAGAGACAUUCUCGCAAGUUAAAGGUUGACCUCGAGAUGUUAAAGAAAGAAAGUUCUGAUAAAUCUAAGAUUCAGGCUGAGCUGGAAAUGGAACUCUCGACUGCACGGGCUGAAAGCAAUACAUUCAAGCAAGAAAUCGAACAAUUAAAAUCAUCAUUGGCAAAAUUAUCGUUACAAGAAACUAGCAUGGAAACUCCCAAAAUUGAAGACAUGAUCAAUGUGCACAAAGAACUGGAAGAUGAGGUGAAGUUCCAGAAAGAGUCGAAUGCUAACUUAAUGCUCCAGCUAGAGAAAUCCCAAGAAUCAAAUAUAGAACUCGUCUCUAUUCUUCAGGAGCUGGAAGAGACGAUAGAGAAGCAGAAGUUGGAGAUCUCGCAGCUUUCACAUGAUAGCUAUCUUGAUGAGGGCGAGAAGGGCCCAUUUCAUAAAGGUUCCAACAGAAGCCAUGCUGACCUUGAAAAAGAAAACGAAGUCCUAAAGGCUAAAUUACAGGAGCUUGAGAAGGAUUGUGCGGAGCUUACUGAUGAGAAUCUAGAACUCCUAUAUAAGAUGAAAGAGUUGAAUAAGGUAACAAAAGAGAGUGAGGAAUUUUGUGUUUCUGAGAGUGCUGAGACAGAAAUUGCUGUACCUUCAUCACAUAUACAUCAACUUGGGGAGGAGCUUAGAAGGACGGAGAUGUUGCAUGGAGGUAUAAUAGAGCCUACAGCUAUCAAGAAUCUGGAGAUGAAGUGUGCUGAUCUUGAGCUUGAGCUGCAAAAUUUUAGGGACAAAACUUUUGCUCUUGAAAAAAAACUCCAAAAAAGCCAAGCGAAAGCAGAAGAAAGAAACCUAGAAUUAUCUGAGCUACGACAAGAACUUGAAAGCUUAAGAAGAAUGGAGUUUGCGAGUGGUGACACAGAAGUCAAAUCUUGGAGCACUUCAGAAUUGGCAAGUAUACUGGCUGAAAUGAAUAAAGAAAUUCAUGUUUCUCUAACUCUUGCAAGGAACCUGUGUUAUAAUUGUGACUCCGACACAUAUGCUGAAAGCGAAAGUAAUAUUGAUUUUAUAGCUCCAAUAAGUACAGAUAUUGACGGUCAAAGAAAGCAAGCAGAGGCUAUGGCAAAAGAUCUUUUUAAGUUGAAUGCUUUAUUGCGGGAAAACUCUCCUGGAAACUGGAAGAUACAACCUAAGACCAGAAGCAUAGACAAUUGUGGGGAGUUGGAAGAAAGCAAAUGCGAGAUAGACAGGUUGAAAGCCAGCCUUUUGUUAAGAGAAAAUGAGAUUAGUUCUCUGGUACAAUCCAAAACCGAAUUAGAAGGCCUCAUUUAUAAUAUUCAAAAGGAGAAAGGCCAGUUAGAGGAAAGUUUAAAAAUUGCACGUAAAGAGAGUAGUAUUACGUCAAAAUGUUUGGAUGAUGUACGGCAUGAUCUCACAGUUCUAACCAACACGGUAGAUACUCAUGUCGCUACUAAUAAGAUGCUUGAAAGGAAGUCCAUGGAACUAGAGAUCUGCAAAAUUGAUUUGGAGUUGCAUAUUUCUGAGUUGGAACAAGAGAAUGUACAAUUAUCUGAGCGUAUAUCUGGGUUAGAAGCUCAGCUAGGAUAUCUGACUGAUGAAAGGGAGUCUAAUAGAUUGGAAUUAGAAGACUCUAGAACUCUUAUUCUGGAUCUUAAGGAUAAAGUUGAAAGACAGCAAAGAGAAAUGGAGGCACAAAAGCUUGAACAUAAAGAAAAGCUGCAAGAAGCUCAAAAACGAUUGAUAGAGGCACAAGAGGAAUCCGAGCUUCUCAGAAGAUCCAAUUCGAAAUUACAAGCUACCGCGGAGAGUCUCAUUGAAGAGUUUAGUUCCCUUCAAACAAUAACAACUGAUUUACGAAAGAAGAAAUUGGAGCUGCAUGACCAUGUUACGCAUGUAGAGCUGGAAUUGGAGGAAUCACAAAAGAAGAAUACUGAUUUUUGUAGAAAGGUUGAGCUUUUAGAGGUAAAACUUUCUUCCCUGCAAAAGGAUAUCUCUUCUAAGGAGAAAUCUUUGCUUUCAGAGCUAGAAAGUAUAUUCCAAGAGCACAAGGAACAUGAAGAGAAGAUAACCCGCGCACAUCUCAUGUUAAACAAGAUGGAAAAGGAAAAGAUAGUUGAAGUUGAGAAUCUUGAAAGAGAGGUUGCGAAUCUCACCGCACAGGUUUCCUCUACUCAUGAUGAGAGAGAAAGAAUUGCAUUGGAUGCCAUUCAUGAGGUCUCUAGCCUGCGCUCAGAUAAGGCUAAACUUGAAUCUAAUCUUCUAGAUGCCAAUACCCAGAUGAAGCUUUGUGAAACUGAGCUACAAACACUCCGUCAAGAAUCUAAGAACAAGAUUCAAGGGUUAGUUGAUUUGCUUAAUGCUUCCAAACAAAGUGAGGAAAUGUUGAUGACUGACAUUGAGCAUAUGCAGAGGUUAAUAGAGGAUGUAAAGUCUAGUGAAGAGAAAUUUAGAAAGACGUCAAAUGAACUAGAAAUAAAACUUAAAACCACUGAUUAUGAAAAACGGCAAAUAAUAGAAGAAAUUUCUGAAUUAAAGGCUCAGCUGCAAAAAUCAGCUCAUCUUCAGGAUGACAUCAUGGCGCUUAAAAGUCGUCUCGACGAGGCAAAGUUUGAGAAAGAGAAACUAGAUGAAUUAUUACAGUCAGCAUCUGAAGAGUGUGAAGAAUUGAGGACGGAAAGAGUUGUUUUGAUGGAUAGAGUCUCAAGUAUGCAGAAAGCUUUGGACAGUGGAGAAGAUAACAGGCGUAGCAAAAUUGCCCUAGAAGCAAAGCUCCUAAGGUUGGAGAGUGAUCUUUCCGCCAAAGAAGCCUCAUGUGCUCAUGAAACAGAGUUAAAGAAUGAGCUUAGUAGGAUGAAGAGAGCAAAUAGUGAGUACCAGAGGAAGAUGCAAUCUCUUGAGCAGGAGAAAGACGAAUUCAUGAGGAAAGCUCAACUCAUGGAGAAGGAAGUGGUGCUAAAGAAAGAGCAAGACUCGGAUGAAAAAGUCACAAGUGAGGGUGAAGAUAUGCCCCCCAAUCACACUGAUGGCUCACUAGUCAAAAGUGAAGCCAAUCUUCAUUUGAAGAUCCAAUUGCUUGAAGCUGAACUUGCUGAGGCUCGGGAGGCUAGCAAGAUGUAUAAAUCGCAACUUGAAAGUUUUCUCUCUGAGAAGCGAUCGGAUAACGGUGAAAUUCUCAAAAAAGCCAUGAGCGAGAAUGCUAUGAAAGUAGGCAAUGCUGGUAAGGUAGCGUCAUUAGAGGCGGAGUUAAAAGAUAUGAAGGAGCGCUACCUCCACAUGAGCCUCCAAUAUGCUGAGGUGGAGGCGCAGCGUGAAGAACUAGUAAUGAAGCUCAAGACCAUGAAAAAGGAAAAGAGAUGGUUCUCGCGAGAGUAAGAAGGCUCCAUCUGGUCAUCUCUCACAUCUAUAGCAGGGUUACCUCCUUCACAUUCUUUUCUUUUUUAAAUUAAUAGUUAUAAUUUAUGCCUAUCGUUAACUCUUGUAUGUUAAGGUAUAGCUAGCAAGAAAACUGCAUAGAUAAAUCUAAGCAGACAUCAGAUUGAGCCGUAAAUAACUUUAAUAAGCAAUUAGAAGAUCCAAAGAGCAUUUGCUGACGGCAUCGUGCAUGUAAGUCCUGUUAAUCCUGACGGCGUCGUGCGUGUAAGUCCUGUUCUAGAAUUUUUACUCUUGGCUCUUCCAGAGAAGUGCUGC